UUCCAACAAAUUUCAAAAUGUAAGGACUAUCAACAUAUUUUCCCAUGGGAAUUAAAGACAAAGAAUCACUGCUGUGAACUUGGAAGUCAUGAUGGCUGGUGGAUAAAAUUACAUAGUUGCCGUGCUUGACCACCACCACCACCAUAGAAAGACUUAGCAGUGUAUAUAAGAAUGAGUAAUACAUUUAUUCCUUCACCAUCAUCAAACUACUAUCCUUCUUACUCUCCUUUUUAUAUCUCUCUAAAUCCUCCCACCUAUAAGAAAACAAAAUGAGUUGGCUUAUGUUUCUUCAUCAAUUUCUUCUGCUAUUUCUCUUGUUUUCUUCUUCUACUUGUGCACGCCAUACCUGCCUUGAGGACGAAAGAUUUUCACUUCUCCAAUUUAAAAGAACAUUUCCCAUAACUUCUGAAGCCUUUUUCUAUUGUGACUCUCAUCCCAAAAUGGUGUUCUGGAAUGAGAGUACUGAUUGUUGCUCGUGGGAGGGGGUCACAUGCGACUGGUCAAAUGGUCAUGUGAUUGGACUUGACCUCAAUUGCAGCCAGCUUCAGGGCACCAUCCAAGCCAACAGCACCCUCUUCCACCUUCGUCACCUCCAAAGCCUCAAUCUUGCCUUAAAUGACUUCAAUUUGUCUAGAAUUCCAUCCGAGUUUGGCUCGUUUGCGAGUUUGACCCAUCUCAACCUCUCUGACACUAAUUUUGCAGGCCGAAUUCCUUCAAAAAUCUCCCAUCUUUCCAAAUUGAUUUCCCUUGACCUCUCUCACUUUAGUCCUAAUUUAAAUCAGGGGAGACUUGAACAACACACUUUCAAUAUGCUCCUUCAAAACCUAACCCAAUUAAGAGAACUACACCUUGAUGGGUUGAAUAUCUCUUCACCUUUACCUCAUGCUUUGCUAAAUCUAUCUUCUUUGACAUCUCUCAGUCUUUGUUCUUGUCAACUGCGUGGGAAAUUCUCAGAAAACAUUUUUCACUUUCCAAACCUACGAGAGCUCGAUGUACAUGGAAAUUCAGAACUCACAGGUAAUCUUCCAAACUUCAAGGUGACUAGUUCCCUUCAGUUUCUUGAUUUCUCCGACACAAGUUUUUCUGGCCAAUUGCCUGAAUCAAUCAACAAUCUUAAAGCCUUGAAUAGUUUGUACCUCUUCAACUGCACCCUUUCGGGGUCCAUUCCUACCUUUUUUGGGAACCUUACACAAAUCACCAAUUUAGGAUUAUGGUCUAACAAUUUCAGUGGUCAAAUCCCCUCAUCAAUUUCAAACCUUGCAAAGCUUACUUUCUUGUCUCUUUCCAGAAACAAUUUUAACGGACAAAUACCGGAUUCCUUUGGCAACAUGAGCCAAUUUACUCUCUUGCUCCUUUAUUCCAAUCAGCUAACUGGUCCCAUUCCUUCGAACACAGUUAGGCUUUCAAAGCUAACUACUCUCGAAUUGUAUGAUAACUCACUUGAUGGAACUAUACCAUCUUUGUUGUUUGCUCUACCUUCACUGGUUUAUAUAGAUUUGAGUAACAAUAAGCUACAGGGACCAAUUCCAGGAUCAGUUUAUGAACUCCAAAACCUAACAUACUUGAGCCUUUCAUCAAAUAACUUAAAUGGUGUAGUGGAGUUAGAUAAGCUUCUAAAGCUUAAAAAUCUGAUCUAUCUUGAUCUCUCAUAUAAUGGUCUCUCAUUGAGCAUCAACAACAGUGUCAACUCUACCUUGACCAACUUUGCCACUAUGGGAUUAGCCUCUUGCAACUUGAGCGAAUUCCCAAACUUCUUGAGAGAACAAGCCAGUUUGCAAUCUCUAGACCUUUCAAACAACAAAAUUCGUGGUGAAAUUCCAAAAUGGUUAUUCAAUGUUGGGAAAGAUUCAUUGUAUAAUUUAAAUCUUUCUCAUAAUUUCCUUACAAGUUUAGAGUGUCUUCCAUGGCAGAAUUUAGCAUAUAUUGACUUGCACUCCAACUUACUCCGAGGACCACUCCCUGUUCCACCUAACACGACAAAUGUUUUCUCUAUCUCAAAUAAUGAAUUGACCGGAGAAAUCCCUACAUUGAUUUGCGAUCUGAGGUUGCUUGUUGUUCUUGAUUUGUCUAAUAACAGUUUGAGUGGGUUGAUUCCACUAUGUUUGGGAAACUUGAGCAAUAGUCUAUCUGUGCUGAAUUUAGGGAUCAAUAGCUUUCGUGGCACGUUUACUGUAACAUUUGCCAAAGGCAACAUGCUAAGGAAUCUUAACUUGAAUGGCAACGAAAUUGAGGGACAAGUUCCACGAUCUUUGCUCAAUUGUAGACACUUAGAAGUUCUAGAUCUCGGAAAAAACAAGAUAAAUGAUACAUUCCCCCAUUGGUUGGGAACUCUUCAAAACUUGCAAGUUCUUGUCUUGAGAUGUAAUAGGUUCUAUGGUCACAUAGGCACCUUCAAGACCAAGGGAAAACAUCAUUUCCCUAAGUUGAGAAUUAUCGACAUGUCUUACAAUGAUUUCAUUGGCCUUUUGCCAACAAAUUAUAUCCAACAAUUUGAAGGUAUGAUGAAUGCGGCUGGACAUGAAAUGAAAUUGAAAUACAUGGGUGAAUACUAUUAUCAAGAUUCUGUGGUGGUCAUGAUGAAGGGAUAUGAAAUUGAAUAUUCAAGAAUCUUAACGGUCUUCUCAAUCAUUGAUUUAUCAAGCAACAAUUUCCAAGGAGAGAUUCCAAAAUCCAUUGAGAAGCUUAGUUCGCUUCGGGGUCUUAACUUAUCUCAUAACAAUCUUACAGGCCAUAUCCCAACUUCACUUGGAAAUUUGAAAAACCUUGAAUCAUUGGACCUUUCCUCAAACAAGCUUGUAGGGGAGAUUCCUCAGCAAUUGACAAGUUUGAAUUUUCUUGCCGUACUAAACCUUUCGGAUAACCAGCUAGAGGGACCAAUUCCUAAAGGGAGUCAGUUUAACACAUUUGAAAAUGAUUCGUACAAUGGGAACUUGGCCUUAUGUGGAUUCCCCUUAUCAAAGAAAUGUAAGGAACUACAGUCGCUGCCACCUCCAACAAUACUCCAACAUGAUGAAAAUUCAGAUUGGGCGAGCGGAUUUAACUGGAAAGUUGUAGUGAUGGGGUAUGGAUGCAGAUUUGUAUUUGGAAUGGUUAUGGGGUAUCUUAUGUUUGUAACUCGAAGACCAGAAUGGCUUAUGAAAAUUGUUGAAGGAAAACAAUAUAAGAAGGUGAAAAAGGUCUAAAAAGGGUGCCCACUGAUGUAGUGAAAGAAGAAACCAGUGAAAACAAAUGGCUUUAGUAGAUAUUUUCCUUUCAGUUGCACAAUAAAGCAAUCGAAUCCAGUUGAAGGGGUGUCUCACCUAGCUUUUGCAUUUGAGGGCAUGUGCAUCCAAAUAGCAGCUAUACAGGAUCACUUCAAAAACUUUGCUUUUGUUGUUGUAUUAAAUUCUAAAGCUUUGUUAAGUUGUUUAGUUUUCUUAAAGCACUGACUUAAAUAAGAGCUGCAUGUCAUGACUCUUUUGUGUUACUUUUUUCGCAUCAUGUGGCAACCUUUGGAGAUUUUCACUUUUGCGUGUAGUUGCUUUUAAAUUGGAUUUUAGUCACAAAAGACAAGACCUUACCAAGUUUUUAACUUCGAAAUGCAAUCUUACAAGUUAUAACUCCAACCGUUCCCCUUGUUACAUUCUUAAUCAUUUUGAGUAAUAGAAAUGUUGGCUAGUAGAUAGAAAAUUCGCAUUGAAAAUAAUGUUUAUAUGUUACUCUUUGGGCAGUGCUUUUAGUCGUUGCUAUUGUAGUCUAGCCGAGCUUCUGACAUCUUUUCUCUUUCGUACCUUUCUAUCAAUAAACAGAAUUGAUGAUAAUUAGUUUUUUUUUUUCUUUUUUAAAUCUUCAAUGGCUAUUGGAGGAUCAAACUGGAGAUAUUUACAAGCACUCGUUCAAAGAUGUGGGAAUUUUGUGAUUGUUUGUAGUAUGAAAAUGGUGAUAGGGAGAAUAUUAAUUGAAAAGGUCUCUCAUAGGCAAGAAUGUUGUUGGGAUUGUGAAGUCCGAUUAAUUAGUACUAUAGACUUCAUUAUGCGAUCAUAGAUCCAACUGAUGUGACCAUGUAAUUUGAAUGUGUCGGUUUUUUUUUUUUCUUUUCAAGUUGCUUAUAGCUUAAAAAUGGUAGUUUGGUGUACUAAAAUUUUUAUUGUGUUCUAAAUUUAUAUCAACCAUGAAAAAAUUAGUUUGAUCUUCAUAACCUUUUUAUUUUUUCUCAUUUGUCUUAAAAAAAAUGGAUUAUCCAUUUUUUAGAGAUAAACACGAUAAAAUAAAAAUGUUAUGAUUAUCGGAUCGACAUAAUUCUUUUGGGGAUAAUAUACAUCGAGGGCCUUACAAAAAUGACCGAUUCAUAUUAUCAAAACGGAAAUCGUGAUGGGCCUCAUUGGCCCCUCAAGUUCUGUCAUGUUGAGAUGUGAAUAGGAGAAGCCUAACCCUUUAUUUUAUUUAUUUAUUUAGGUUCAAAAUCUUCUUUUCCAGUUUUGCUAACAAUUCAUUGAAACAUACUACUGCCUAAAUUUUGGUAUUUGUUAUUGUAUAUGUGUGUGUUUUAAUUUUUAUAGUUGUGGAGCGAUAUUAUAAAGAAAAUCGAGCGUAGAAUCAUCAUCUUCACCGAUUCAUGACGAGUCUCCAAAACAUAGUCAUAUAGAAAUCGACUUGCUAGACCUUCCUGAAGAUCCGGGGCUAUGACCUCAGAUUACGGAUCAUCAUCAUAUCAUCUGAGAACAAGUUCGUAGAGUGUACUUAUUAAAAGGCCCUUCUCAACCUCGUAAUCACAAUAUUCCACGAAGGAAAAUUGGGCAAUCAUCAAAAAGGUUUAACCCUUUAUGGUUUAAUGAAUUUGGUAGUUGGUUAGAGUAUAGUAGAGCUAAAGAUGUUGCAUUUUGCCUUUGUUGUUACCUUUUUAAACCCGUCGUAGGAGACCGAGGAGGCGGUAAGUCUUUUGUUGUUGAUGAGUUUUCAAGUUGGAAGAAGAAAGAAAGGUUGCAAGGUCACACGGGAAGUGUUAACAGCUCUCACAAUCAAGCUUGGAGAAAAUGUCAGUACUUACUGAAUCAAAAGCAACAUAUUGAAACAGUUUUCUCCAAGCUACUUGAUGAAGCCAAGAGUGAUUAUAGAGUUCGAUUGAUUUCAUCAAUUGAUUGCAUCUGACUUCUUUUGCGACAAGGGAUUCUAUUACAUGGGCAUGAUGAAUUUGAAGAUUCAAGAAACCAAGGAAACUUUCUUGAGCUUUUGAUGCUUCUUUCAGAUCAAAAUGAGAAUCUCAUAGCUCUUUUGUCAAAAGACGUUCUUGAACACCUUGAGUUGACAGCACCUAGUAUUCAAAAGGAUAUUGUUAAUGCCAUUGCGGUUGAAACUACCAAUGCUAUUGUUAGAGAACUUGGUGAUGGCAUGUUCUCUAUUGUCUUUGAUAAAUCUUGGGAUGCAUCAAUGGAGGAGCAAUUGAUUGUUUCUUUGAGAUAUGUGCAUGGUAGGGGAUAUGUGAUUGAGCAGUUUUUGGGUAUUAAGCAAAUUUCUAGUU